AUGUUCGGCAACUUGCAGCACGCCACCUUGCGAUACAUCGCCUUUGCCAACCAUCUCAUGAUCCUCACCUCCUCGGCCAUCGUCACUGGUCUUGUUUCUUGGUUCCUUCACAAGUACGACUACCGUGGCGUUAACAUCGUGUACCAGGAAGUCAUUGCCACUAUUACUUUGGGUUUCUGGCUCGUUGGUGCCGUCUUGCCUCUUAUUGGCAGAUACCGUGGAUACCUGGCUCCUAUGAACCUGGUCUUCUCCUACCUUUGGCUCACUUCCUUCAUCUUCUCUUCCCAAGACUGGAGCAGCGGAAAGUGUGGUUUCGGCAAGCCUGGUGAGGGCCACUGCUCCCGCAAGAAGGCCAUUGACGCUUUCAACUUCAUCGCAUUGUAA